AUGUCCAAUGCAUCCGAUUUACAGCCCAUUGUUGCAGACACAGGGAAGCCAUUAGUGAUCCCAGAGAAAACAUUGCUUCGUUCCCCUAUCACCAGCGCUGUCUGGACAGCUGACGAAUCGACAUCAUUCCAAUUGGAUGCAAAGUGUCAAAAUUUUAUCACACGAUAUCUUGGACUAAGUCUGAUCACGCAGAAUGACCCUUCUAUGAUGAGCGUUAAUCGUAAACUGUUGGAAAUAGCUUUCACCUGCCCAUUACUCAUGCACGCCUCCCUGGCCGUGGCAUUUGCAUACGAUCGUCAUCUCAAUAGCGACCCUGGCUCUCGUCGCAGUCUAGAAGAAUGCUAUCACGGGUCCCAAAGCAUAGCUCUAUUCAACAGACGAUUAUCAAAGCCAAUAGAAGCUAAAGAUAAAGAUCCAAUAUGGGGCACAGCAGCCUCUUUAGCAAUUUUGGCAUUCUCAUCCCUUGAUACAUGCACGUCAGAUGAAUCCUGGCCUUUAAAGCCCUCCGGAUACUCUGAUCUAGCAUGGCUUGAUAUGAUAAAUGGUAAGAUGUCGUUGUGGAAUACGAUAGAUCCGCUACGACCGGAUAGUAUUUUUCACGUGAUGGCGGCAAGCUUUACAGACAUGUUUUCACCGUUGCCGACGAUGGGUGUGGAUGGAAUACCAGAGGCCUUGGCUAAUAUGUGCCUCCUCAACGGCUCAUCUACGCCGGAAAAUAAUGGAUAUUUUUCUGCUGCUCACGCGAUAUCACGACUUAUAUGUCUUCCAGAUUGUGGGGUUACAGCGGGCCAGGUUCAGCUUUUUGCCAGCAGUAUUCAUGGUCCUUUCAGAGAAUUGCUCCAGGGAAAGGAUCCCGUUGCACUUAUACUGCUAUAUAUGUGGUAUUGCAAAGCAGGUCGUUGUAUAUGGUGGAUUGAGCUUAGAGCGAGAGUUGAAUGUCCGUCUAUUUGUAAAUACUUACUGCUGUAUCACGCCGAGAAUACUGCUGUAAAAGAUUUCCUGUCAGGAAGGAUCGAUACCGGAGAAUGCACCUCUGGACCUGAAGGUCUUUUCGAAGACUUUUUCGAAACAAAAUUGACCAUGUGUUCAUCUUCGAGCGGACUUUAG